UUCCGUACUUUGAUCUUCUCGUUUCUUCUAUCUGCAUUGCCAGUGAUAGGUCCUCGACUUGCGCUUCAUCUACUCUGUCGCAACCCCAGCACCACUUUGACGACCCUGAUAGCUCGCUCUGCCAACCAUUUUCGUAUUGUCGGAAGAUCAUCUGACAACAUUCUGCUGAUCUAAAUCGGCUUUACCGGCUCCAUUGAGUACUUCGCGCGAGUUUCGUGGUGGACAACAUUUCGUGAUCGGCAUAGCGACAAGAUAAUAUAUCAACCAACUAUCUGAUACAAGCCACCACCAAGGCAUCUUGAGGCGCACAACGCUUACUCACGCGCCGCUUGUCAUCAAACGAAAGUCGUUUCGUCUUACUGAGCAAGCGCCCUUAACCGCGGUACCGGGAGGAUAAACUUGGAUCAAGAGAGUCCGAGGCCACCAAACAACCCUGUCUGUUAGCCCAGCCUUCUUGUCGACACUGUCUGCUCCGCCCUACCAAACCAGACGAGGAUUGUCAACGCAACGGGCAAGCAUAACCCCAGGAAGUCACAGUCUGACCGCAGGGAGUAGAGUGACCUCGAGAGCCCCGCCAAGGACACCGGCGGCGCCAAAAUUAAGUUUCCGCGAACAUAUCGAUCAAUCACUAACUUAAACGGCGCACCAUGCCCGUAACUAAUCGAGGUGUAACACAACUUACACCUGACACCACCUCGACGGCGUCUGCUACCAGCAACUACUUGAAUAAGUCGUCUCCCUCUCUAGAGACUCUUCAAGCUGGCCUAGCUAUCUUUGCCGUUGCUGUAAUCGCACGUUUUUGCGUUUUACAGCUGUACUUAUGGUUGCGACAAAUGCGCGGCUUGGAUCAACAAAACCUUCCUGCUAGAUCUAUUCUCUCGUCGUUCUCACAGCCUCGACGACUAUUGCAGUCGCGGCCUAUCUGGACAAUGGAUGAGAAGGACAACACACCGCUGGGGCAUCGACAAGAUAUCGAUGUGGAAAGUGGUUUACAAGUCAGCUCUGCACAGAGGAACUUGGUCAUCGACCCCAACUGGCAAAGUGCAGACAAUGCUAUGUCCAGACACAUCUUAUCGCGACCACCUCCGGCACCACCUCUGACACCUCCUGAGUUGAGCACAGCUGUUUUCACUUUUGAAGACCGUCCCCGGCCAGGCGACGAUAGUUUCAUCCGUCAGCCAAACCCUGAUUACAUGUCGUCAACUGCCGACGCUGUCCUUCCUCCCAACUCGGGAACAGCCUCUGUCACCCGCCGACGCUCAUACAACAAAACUCUUCCUAUCGGGGUUCCUGUUUCGCAGUCAUCUCAGGACAUAUCAGAUGCUGCCGAUCUUGUCUUGUCGCCCAGCUCCUACCCACCUACAAGCCCGUUUUUACCACCGGCCCCACCAAACGCAGGAACCACGGAGAUCGGCGUCCAGGGCGAGAUCAUUGGUGUUCUUGAUAACGAAGGCUCCGGCUGGACAAGACAUACGCGUGUCUAUGGAGGCGGAGUUUGCCUUGCUUGUGCAGCCUCGGGCGGGAAUCACGGUGGUGGUUUCUACGGAGCAACGGUCCGGCCAGAGGAAAUGCGAUGACAGGUUGAACAGUUUCGGAACGACCAUGGUGCACCACUGUCAGUUUAUGGCUGACUAGAUAUGAUUGGCACUUAUGAUCCGGCAUAGGGAUCCAUGUGUAACGACCGUUUACGACUUGAUAUUAGAGGUGGAUGUGGUUCAAUGGCCACGCUUCUGGGCAAAAUUUCCUCUUGUCUUACUUCAACAGCAUAUGUACCUUUGGAUUCUGGGCGCAGUACAUUAUCUCAUUCCGUCUUGUUGGUUGGAUAUCUGUUUUGAUGCAUUUUCAGUGUAAUAUGUCCCUUGAGGACUUGUCUACUUCGUUUGUUACUGGGUCAGGGAAUCAUGGCUGUGGGGGUUUGUUCCACAAGCCAUUCCUGUCAAUGUUUAGAUUUUGGAUUGAUGAUAUUAUGACCAAAUUCCU